GUUGAGCUCAAAGUGUCGUAUAAGUUAUGACCAAGUCUUGCCAUACUGACUGUACCUGCAUUGACCGCACGUAAAUGACCUUGAAUAGCCUCUCGAAUCUCAGAUGUUGAGUUCCACGGUGAGACCACCGCUCGUUACUUGACUACCCGAGGCUUUUCGAUGGAAACGCUUGAUGCCAGCAAGGUCAACAUCAUAGGCUCCACUAGAGCUGCAGGAGAGCUGCGCGUUAGAACUGACACGGGAUGGUGGACGAGUGAUAAGGUCCAAUGAGUCCACUUGGUACGUUAGAGUUUCAUCCGGGACAAAGACAUCUCAUAACAACGUUUCCCCAUCGCGGCUACAUGCACUGCUCGAGUUGUAACCAGUCUCCCUAAAUCAACAAAGACACAAUGGCACCCGCAAAAGCAGUCUUGACCAGCAAGGCCCCCAAGCCUAUCCCGCAGCUGUCCCAGGCCGUUGUGUACAAUGGCAUGGUCUACUGCUCUGGCAGUCUCGGUAUCGACCCCGCCACCGGAAACAUGGUCGAGGGAACUGUGAAGGACCGGACGAGACAAGUCUUCAAAAAUCUCUCGGCCGUCCUCGAAGCGGCUGGCAGCAGCCUCAAGAACGUUGUCAAGGUGAACGUCUUCCUUACCACCAUGGACAACUUUGCUGCCAUGAACGAGGCUUAUGACGAGUUUAUUACCGCUGAGCCCAAGCCGACUCUCCCCCGCCAGGAAGAGCCUAACCUAAAUGAUGUCCUCGAACAACAAGCCCGAUCCGGCGUCAACCCGCCCUACACCACCCGCCCUCCACCUCUCAACCUACCCGAGCGCCAGCCCGACACCUCCACCAUCUCCCACCUCUUCGCGACCGGCAAGGCCUACCUGACCUUCUACAAGACCGGCCUGCGCCAGGUCUUGACCAACUUCAAGCUCCUGCGCGCCGUCGGCAAAGGCGGCGAGGGUCCCAUCGCGCGCUCCGAGAACCCGCUCGCCGAUGCCGAUUGCAUCGACGGCUACCUCCGCUUCCGCACGCGCGGCUCCCUACUACUCUACAAGCGCGUAAAACAUGACCUUAACAAGCUGCCAAUCUUCGGCCUGCUGCUUCUUGUGUGCGGGGAAUUCACACCCUUUGUCGUGCUGGCCGUGCCCACCAUCGUUCCCUACACGUGUCGGAUUCCGAAGCAAGUGGACAAGAUUCUCAAGCGGAUAGAAGAACGGAGGGCGGCGGCGCUGGAUGAGUUGGUCGGGGAGGUGUAUGAGGCGGAUGAUCACCAGCUGAUUUCCGACGACGAGGUCAAAGAGGAUUUGGAGGCGCUGGAAGGCUUCCCGGACGAGGCCGUCGAGGCUAUUGGGGAACCGAAGAAGGUGGAAGACAUGACCGAAGAGGAAAAAGAAGAGUACGAAUUCGAAAUCAGGCAGUGCGAAGAAAUCAUCAAGGAGCAACGGGAGAAGCGCAUAAAGGCCGGGCAGGAGGUAGACCCGCGUCCGAUCCGCGAGCAGGCGCAGGAGUGGGUGGAGCUAGCCCGUGCCGAUAGGGAGGAGUUCGGCGACCAUGAGGAGAUUGACGUCUUCCCCAUGACGGCCAGCGAAGCCCUGGAUCAGCUCGACCCCCUCAGCGACGAUUGCGAGCAGUUCAACAUGCUGGAUGUGCUUGCCCGCUCGUACGAUAUUAGGAGCUGGUGGGGUCCCGCCGGAAGGGAACGUGGUGUGCACAAGCACAUGCGCUUCCUGGCUGUCGACACGGACCUGCUGGAGAAGGACGGCGGUGUCGAGGCACUGGAGGACGACGAGGUGGUGUUGGCGUGCAUUGAUAGGGGUAUCGACGUGCGAGGUCGCAAGAUUGGUGAUCUGAGGUAUGCGCUGGAGAAGUGGGUGAUCUUGACUUCUGUGCUGGCCAAAGACCGGGCGGAUUGUUUGAGGAGGAUGGCGGUGUUGGGGACGUGCCCGGAGAUUCUGUGGCCGGGUAUCCCUUGGCCGGAGGAGGAUAAGGAGGUUCCUGUUAGGGAAGGAUCAGGAGGGGCAGACGAGAAGCAGUAG